GGAAUGUUAUUUCGUGUCUAGAAGUCGAUAGCUACGGACGGUGUUUUGUUGAACAAAAAUUAAAAAUUAAUUUUAUAUACCGUGUAUCUUGUCUAUCUAUCGUCUCUCAUUUGAUGAAAAAUAUUUAAGAAAAGAUUCUUUAAAGAACGUUAACCCCUCGCAGUUAUAAAAGUGAAACAAUUAUCACACAAGGAUUACAGUGUUUUUGUUGUUAAAGAGUUAAAAAAAAAAAUUGUGUAUUUUCAUAAUUUUUUUUGUGCUAAAAAUACCUAUUCUAUCUCUGACAAAUUGUUUAAAAACCGCCAAAAUUCUUCCCCAAGAUCGUAAAAGAAUUAUCCAAAAAAUGAAAUCUCUAACUGCUGUUUGUCAAUCGGGUGCAUCUGCAAUGCCAGCUAUUAAUUCAACGGGUCGCAUUUCGCGACAAAAUCAUCAACAUCAUCAUCAUCGAGAUGGUGAAAAUGCUGAAAUGAAAAUGUACCUAUCAAAAUUAAAAGAUUUAGUACCAUUUAUGCCGAAAAAUCGUAAACUAUCCAAAUUGGAAAUUAUUCAACAUGUUAUUGAUUAUAUCUGCGAUUUACAAAGUGAACUUGAAACACAUCCUGAUAUUAAUACAUUUGAUGCUGCUACAGCUUUAAGUUUAACCAAUGGAUCUCAUCAUCAUAUUUCAUCACAUUUAAUGGACGAUGAUGAAAUGUCAAUGGAAGAUCGUUUAGCUGCUCAUCUGCAAAAUACAGCUUCAUCGGUACAAAUUCGACAGCCUUUGGCUACACGACAAAGUCCGAAUACUAUUUUAAAUAGUUCACCAAGUAAUAAUUCGGUUAUUCUGAAUAAUAGUCCUGCAGUGCAACAACAACAACCACAACAACAGUACUCGCAUGCGACGACUGCACCAGCGUCAACAGAAAAACAAACUACAGAUAACAAAAACAGUCGGCAGCAUUGUUAGAUGUGUGGCUAUCACCAUUUGAACGGAUCUCUGUUUCGUUUCUUUCAAGUAAAAACUACAAAAAAAAAGUUAUAUAAUAAUAUGCAUAUAGAUACCCAUACUCUAGUUUAUAAACAAAAAAAUAAAACAAAAUAACUAAUAAAAUAUAAUAACUCACUGUAAAGAAAAAAAAAACACAA